AUGUCGGACUCGAAUCCUCUCAACCUAGGCCAGGACUCGCCAGCCCAAGGCCGCCGUAACAGAGCACCCACCAUCACCAUAGACACUUCAGCAGUGGGUAGACCCUCGGUUCGUCAGGACAUAGCGAUGGACACCCUUUCUGACGGCAGCUUCGCUGUGCAGGGCAACGACCAUUCCUCAACAGGGCUGCACCCCUUCCAGACUUCGCCUGCUGAACUGCGCCCUACCAACUCAUUUGACAAUGAGAACAGCAGACCGACCUCGCCUCACAAUGUCUCGUCACCAACAUUCAAUAGCCCUCAGAACUUCCUUUCGGUCCCUCCUGCACGCUCGCGUGCCGGUUCUUUCGAUACUCUCGGCGCCGAAUCAACAUCGACAGGAACCUACGUCAACUCUUCACCAGAACACGGCGUGCCCAAGGCCUUUGGUCCACAAGACAGCCAUGGUGGCCCUGAAGUCCUCAGCGCUAGUGAGGCGUUACACCCCGACCCUGGAACCGAGGCCGACUUCACAAGAGAGAACAAUCCCUUCGCCUUUACCCCCGGUCAGAUGGGCAAGAUGUUCAACCCCAAGAGUCUGGGUGCAUUCCAUGCCCUAGGAGGUAUUGCAGGUAUCGAGAAGGGUCUCAGGUCUGACCGCAAGACUGGUUUGAGCUUAGAGGAGCAGCACCUUGAUGGCCACGUCUCAUUCGAAGAAGCCACUGACCACGAAAACCCCAACGCACAAUACGUCUCCAAGGGCGGCAACAGCACGACAUCUACUAGCGGUCCCUUCUCUGAUCGUGUGCGCAUCUUUGGCGACAACCGCCUUCCUGAGAAGAAGGCUAAGCCGCUGUGGCGUCUUGCUUGGGAGGCCUACAAAGACAAGAUUCUCCUCUUGCUUACUGGUGCUGCUGUCAUCUCGCUUGCCCUUGGUCUUUACCAAACCUUUGGUACCCCUAAAGUAAACGGAGAACCACACGUCGAAUGGGUCGAAGGUGUCGCCAUCGUUGUCGCCAUCGUCAUUGUUGUUUCAGUCGGAGCUCUCAAUGAUUGGCAGAAGGAGCGUCAAUUCGUCAAACUCAACAAGAAAAAGGACAACCGUGUCGUCAAGGUCAUUCGCUCUGGAAAAACUCUGGAAAUCUCGGUCCACGACAUCUUCGCUGGUGACGUUUUGCUUCUUGAACCUGGUGACAUGGUCCCUGUCGACGGUGUGCUCAUCGAAGGUCACGGCAUCAAAUGUGACGAAUCUUCCGCAACCGGUGAAUCUGAUAUUAUCAAGAAGAGUGCUUCCGAGGAGGUCUGGCGUGCUAUGGAAGCUCGCGAACCGCUUAGAAAACUGGAUCCAUUCAUCCUCUCCGGCGCCAAAGUCACCGAGGGAGUUGGUAAAUUCCUUGUUGUCGCUACUGGUGUUAACUCAAGCUACGGCAAAACCAUGAUGUCGCUUCGCGAGGACAGCGAAGUCACUCCCCUGCAGUCAAAGUUGAACACCUUGGCCGAAUACAUUGCCAAACUUGGUGGAGCUGCUGCACUGCUGCUGUUCGUCGUACUUCUGAUCAAGUUCUGUGCAAAGCUCCCCGGAGACCGUAGAACUCCCUCCGAAAAGGCACAAAACUUCCUCAACAUUCUGAUCGUCGCUGUCACCAUUGUUGUUGUUGCAGUUCCCGAAGGUCUGCCUCUAGCCGUUACACUCGCCCUGGCUUUCGCUACCAAACGCAUGACAAAGGACAACAACCUUGUCCGUGUGCUCAGAUCUUGCGAGACCAUGGGAAAUGCCACCACAGUCUGCUCUGACAAAACUGGUACUCUCACCCAAAACGUCAUGACUGUUGUGGCUGGAACUGUUGGAACCACUUCCCGCUUCAGCAGCAAGGCUAGCAAGGAUCAAGACGCUCAAGGAGUCAAUGUCGAUAGCGUGGACACCAACGAAUUCGUCGGCACUCUGGGUGAUAACGUCAACGCCCUCAUGAAAGACUCGAUCGCGUUGAACUCUACUGCCUUUGAGGGCGAGGAAAAUGGUAAGCCCACUUACAUCGGCUCAAAGACCGAGACUGCUCUUUUGGCUUUCGCUCGCGACUUCCUGGGUAUGGACGCUAUUAGCACUGAGCGCUCAAACGCCGAGCUCGUUCAGUUCAUGCCCUUCGAUUCCGGUCGCAAGUGCAUGGGUGUUGUUCAGAAGAUUGGCGGCAAGUACAGACUUUAUGUCAAAGGUGCCUCGGAAAUUAUGUUGAGACAUGCUACAAUGAUCAUCAGAGACCCUAGCAAAGGUGUCGAUGGUGUUUCCAUCUCCAACGACAACGUUACGACCCUCAACCAGCUCAUCGAGACUUACGCAUCCAACUCUCUCCGCACCAUUGGUUUCCUCUACCGCGACUUCGAACAGUGGCCUCCUAAGAAUGCCCGCAGAUCUGAAGACGACAAGACUCAGGUAAUCUUCGAAGAUGUCUUGAGAGACAUGACUUUCCUCGGAGUCAUUGGUAUCCAGGAUCCCCUUCGUGAUGGUGUCACUGAUGCUGUCUUGGACUGCCUUACUGCUGGCGUCUUCCCUCGUAUGGUUACCGGUGACAACAUCAUGACUGCAAAGGCCAUCGCUACCGAAUGCGGUAUCUUCACACCUGGAGGUGUUGCCCUUGAGGGACCUGUCUUCAGAAAGAUGUCCAAGCAAGAGCAACUGGCCGUCAUCCCUAAACUCCAAGUCCUGGCAAGAUCCUCCNCCGACGACAAGCGUGUGCUAGUCAAGCGUUUGAAAGAGAUGGGUGAGACCGUCGCCGUGACUGGUGAUGGUACCAACGAUGCCCCUGCUCUCAAGGCUGCUGAUGUCGGUUUCUCCAUGGGUAUUGCUGGUACUGAGGUCGCAAAAGAGGCAUCCGACAUCAUCCUCAUGGACGACAACUUCGCUUCCAUCAUCAAGGCUCUCAUGUGGGGUCGUGCUGUCAAUGACGCCGUCCAAAAGUUCCUGCAGUUCCAGAUUACUGUGAACAUCACAGCUGUUUUGUUAGCCUUUGUGUCAGCCGUCGCCAGUGAUGACGAAGCUUCUGUCCUCACUGCAGUGCAACUUCUUUGGGUCAACCUGAUCAUGGACACAUUUGCUGCUCUGGCUCUUGCUACCGACNCCCCUACUCGCAACAUCAUCAACCGCAAGCCUGCUCCCAAAUCCGCACCUCUCAUUACAGUGAACAUGUGGAAAAUGAUCAUCGGCCAAGCAAUCUACCAGCUCAUCGUCACUUACAUUCUGUACUUCGGUCAAAAAUCAGGUGGUUCAGGUCUGCUAAGCUACGCCAAUCCUGCGGAGAGAGAAAGACUCAACGCAAUGGUUUUUAACUGCUUUGUCUGGAUGCAGAUCUUCAACAUGUUCAACAACAGACGCCUCGACAACAAGUUCAACAUCUUCGAAGGCGUUCAACGCAACUCUUUCUUCAUCUUCAUCGCGCUUGUUAUGAUCGGCGGACAGGUGAUGAUCAUGUUUGUUGGUGGUCGCGCUUUCAGUGUUGAAAGAUUGACUGGAGAACAAUGGGCUUACUCAGUCGGCCUUGGUGCCAUCUCGAUUCCAGUUGGAAUCAUCAUUCGUCUGAUUCCUGACGAGCUCGUUGCACGCCUGGUGCCAGCAUGGCUCAAGCGCAAGGCUGCGCCCAAGCUUGUUGUAGAGGACGAGGAGCGACCAUUCGAGUACAGCCAAGCCCUUCUUGACAUUCGUGAUGAACUUGCAUUCAUCAAGAGAAUCAAGGGUGGCCGUCUCAACCAGAUCAAGUUCACCCUCAAGCACCCUCGCGAAGCUCUUCUUCAAUCUCGCUCGGCAUCCAGAUCGCGUAGUAGCAUGUCUCUGCCGCAAACUCCCAACGGCGAACAGGGUGACGCUCAAUCGCUUGCACCUCCCACACCAGACUCUCGCCGCCGUUCGCGUGGUCGUUCAAGAUCGAACUCUGCAUUCGCUGGCGCUGCCAUGGCCGGCAUCGUUGCAGGCAGCAUUGGUGCAGCAUGGUCUCCGAUAGAACGUGGACACGGUGACAACGACAGCAUGAAGUUUGCGCGUGCCAGAUCGCGAAGCGACCUGAGUCGUGAGAGCGGUCUUGACAUCCACCCUGAUACCAAGCCUCAGGAUCCUGUCGUCGUCCAGCAGCAGGUAGAUGGUAACCACCCGCCAAGUCAGUCCAAUGACACGACUCCGGCGUUUGGGUCGGGACCAUUUGCUGGUCAUCCAGAUGUCAAGGUCGAUGGCUGCGACAAGCAGUAG